AUGUCACUCAAUAGCAAACAGAAGCAUGACACUGCCAAACCCACACCCGCCUCAGUUGGAAUCAGCACCAUAAAACCAAAGUUUCAGCAAUAUGCACUUCCUUCGAAAAGACAUGAGUCAUAUACUGAGGCCUCGACGCCGUGGCCUGACACUUCGCCCGUCAAAGUUGAAGACUUGGUGGCCGCCGGACUCGUAUAUACAGGUGUUGGAGACAGUGUGCGUUGCUACCAUUGCGGCGGUGGUCUCCUGAACUGGGAGCCGGGAGACGACCCGAUGGAGCAGCAUGCCAAGUGGUAUCCGACCUGCCAAUAUGUCCUUAUUUGCAAGGGCAAACAUUACAUCCACAGUGUCGAGGCUGGCGAAAACCCCGAACAAAUGUCAGCAAGAAGACCUAAUGCAAGUAUUGCCAGCCUUUGUAAAUAUCAUCUUAGAUUGUGGUAAAUCUCAGAGAGACUGCUUUCUUAUGUACGUCAAUGACCUAAAGCACUAAGUUAGUGACAGAAGAUAUUUCGUUUAUAAAAGACAAUAAAUAAAUUCCGGAAGAGCAGUUUGGUUAACAACAUCAA